CACUCACUCACUCGCUCACUCGUCUUUAUACGUGAGCGUUUACAAUUGUUUUGCUGAAAAAGGGACAACAAGUUUGGAAACUGAAGCUGAAGAUUUACGUCAUUCUUAAUGUGGAUAAUGAAAUGGGGUAUAUGGUAAUAUAAAGAAUUCAAUACAUCAGAAAAGAGAAGUUUGGGAUUAUAUAAAAGUAUCGUUCUGGAGUUUGAUUUACUCUUUGAAGAAAAUGGUUAGUGCAGAAAACAACAGCGCAAACUUGCCUCUUAAACAGAGAUUCAAGGACUUAUUAAUUGGAGACCAGAUAUGGCCAAACGAUAGCAAGGUGCAGGUUGAAUUGUACACCAAUGAGAACAAUCUCAAAGAACGUCUGCAGUGGUUCUUUAUCAAAAACCAAAAAUCAAGUCUCAAAGUGCGAGUGCUUUAUUUUUCCCUCAACCUUUUGAGCUGCAUUUUGUACAUGGCCCGAGUGCUGGAUGACGACGAACCGGACCAUGCAUGCUUGGAUUGCCAAUACAAAAAUUAUACCCUCCUUAAUAUCAACUGGGCCUCGGUUAUUUGGGUUAGACGAAGUAAAGAGAUUUGGUGUAUGCAGGUGUCUGUUGCCAUCGCAUGUCUGUUCCCAAGAAUCCUAGUGAUGUAUUUAAGCUACAAGGGGAACAUAAGGCAGCAGAUUUUUCGAAUAACAUUUAUCCUGGAAAUGAUUGACUCAGUGCCAUUUCUCAUUUCAAUUUUUUAUCGACCACUCCGGAACCUCUUCAUCCCAGUGUUUCUGAACUGCUGGCUGGCAAAGCACGCUCUGGAAAACAUAGUCAACGACCUUCAUCGUGCCAUUCACCGUACACAGACAGCCAUGUUCAACCAGGUCCUCAUUCUCAUCUCCACCAUCAUGUGCCUCAUUUUCACAUUUAUUUGUGGAGUUGAACACUUACAGCGAGCUGGAGGAAAGAUUAAUCUUUUUGACUCCUUCUACUUCUGCAUCGUGACCUUCUCUACAGUGGGGUUUGGAGACGUCAUCCCUGACAUCUGGCCCUCCAAGCUUCUAGUUGUUAUCAUGAUUUUUGUUGCUUUAUUGGUGCUCCCUAUCCAGUUUGAGCAGCUGGCUUUCUUAUGGAUGGAACGACAGAAGUCAGGAGGAAAUUACAGCAGGCACAGAGCCGAAACCGAAAAACAUGUGGUGCUAUGUGUCAGUUCACUCAAAAUCAAUCGGCUUAUGGAUUUCCUAAAUGAGUUCUAUGCCCACCCCGGGCUUGAGGACCACUAUGUCAUCAUCCUUUGCCCAGCAGAGAUGGACACAAAAGUUAGACAGAUACUGCAGAUCCCGAUGUGGUCACACAGGGUCAUAUAUUUACAAGGCUCUGCUCUUAAAGACGAAGAUUUGGUCAGGGCCAAGCUGGAUAAGGCUGAAGCUUGUUUCAUUCUAACCAGCCGCUGUCAAGCAGACCGCAAUGCAGCAGAUCAUCAGACUAUCCUGCGGGCUUGGGCAGUGAAGGACUUUGCUCCUGAUUGUCGUCUUUUUGUCCAGAUUCUCAAACCGGAAAACAAACUGCAUGUAAAAUUUGCAGAUCACAUAGUUUGCGAGGAAGAGUUUAAAUAUGCCAUGCUGGCCCUGAACUGCAUCUGUCCCGCUACGUCCACCCUCAUCACCCUGCUGGUGCACACCUCACAAGGCCUAGAGGGCACAUAUUCUCCCGAAGACUGGCACAGAAUUUAUGACAAAUGUUCAGGUAAUGAGGUGUACAACAUUGUUCUCAAAGACAGCGUCUUCUUUUCUGAGUACGAGGGAAUGAGUUUUCCUUGUGCCUCCUUCCACUCAUAUAAAAAGUAUGGCAUCUGUCUUUUUGGAGUCUGUCCUGAGGACUCCAAGAGCAUUCUGCUGAACCCUGGACCUCAGCACACCAUGAAACCUUUAGACAUGUGCUUCUAUAUUAAUAUUACCAAGGAAGAGAACUCAUGCUUCAAAAUCAAGAAAUCAAGCAAAAAGAGCCCCAAGAAUCAAGUCCCGAUGAGUAGCAUUGUCGCAAGUAGCAUGGCCAUAGACAUUCAGGAUAUAGACAGUCCAUCCAGUUUAGGUCCCUCACUCUCAACUGAACCUUUAACAUCUGAGAAAAGAAAACCAACCACAUCUGCUGUUCUACAAAUCCCAGCUCCUCCCAUCUUACAGACUGAUGACGUGUCCAGUGAUCGGUCAGAGUAUCCAAGAAUCCAUGUGAGUGGAGAUGAAUGCAGUGAAAGUUACGUCAGGGGAUAUCCCCCAAAUUCACCCUACAUCGGAAACUCCCAGACACUGUGCCAUUUACGGAAAGAGAAAAUGCCUAAAUGUUGUAUGCAGCUGGUAAAGUUUUUGUCUAAGACUUGCAACCACGAAGACGAUGAUGAUGUCAAAGCAUACAGUUUGAUGAAUAAGCUCACCAUAGUGUCUGCUGAGGUAGCAGGAAAUGGCUUGUACAACUUCAUUCUCCCAUUACGAGCCUCAUACAGACCACAGAAUGAGAUCUACCCAAUUGUGCUUCUCCUGGAACAAGAGCCUGAUGCAGAUUUUCUAGAGACUGUCUGUUGGUUCCCUAUGAUCUAUUACUUGGUUGGAUCAAUCGACAAUCUGGAUAACCUUUUGCGCUGUGGCGUCUCUUUUGCUGCUAAUAUGGUGGUUGUAGACAAAGAGAGCACCAUGAGGGCUAAGGAAGAUUAUAUGGCUGAUGCAAAAACCAUUGUUAAUGUCCAGACUCUUUUCAGAUUAUUCUCUGGCCUCAACCUCAUCACUGAGCUCACCCAUCCUGCUAACAUGAGAUUUAUGCAGUUCAGCGCAAAGGACUGUUACUCAAAAGCAUUCUCCAAACUGCAAAAGAAAGAAAGAGAAAAAGGCACAAACUUAUCCUUCAUUUUUCACCUGCCGUUUGCAGCUGGUAGGGUGUUCAGUGUUGGCAUGCUGGACACACUCUUGUACCAGUCAUUUGUCAAAGAUUACAUGAUAACCAUCACUAGGCUCCUUCUUGGACUGGAAACUACACCAAAAUCUGGUUUCCUAUGUGCUAUGAAAAUCACAGAGGCAGACUUAUGCAUGCAGACAUAUGGCAGACUCUACCAGAUGUUGUGCUCCACAGUAGGACACGUUCCCAUCGGCAUCUACAGGACUGAGUCUCAGACAGCUGGACCUCCUGAGACUCCACGCACCCCACUGUCAGUGAGUAUAUCAGAAUUUGAGGAGGGCAGAGACCCAGAGGAGCAUGGUCUGCGGAGAAGGAGCAUUCGGUGGGCUUCACAGCUUCUGGGGCCGUGGCAUGCUGACCGUGAUGCUGAAAAAAGCUGCCAGCAGCAGGGUCUCCUGCGUUCGUGUACAGAAAGACAAGAGCUCACUAAACUGGUCAAGAAGCGUAUGAAAAAUUUGGGGCUCUGUACAAGUGGAUUUGAUGAAAAGAAUGACAAUCAGAGUAGCCACUCUUACGUCCUAAUCAACCCAUCACCAGAUACAAGACUGGAGCGAAAUGAUAUCGUGUACAUUAUCAGCAUAGAUCCUCUCUCCUCAAUGCUCAAUGUCAACAGCAGCAAGACGUCUGAAAAACAGAUGGGAGAGGAAAACAAAGCCACAGAAUCAUCUCAAAAUAAUGAUCAGACUCAUUCAAGUCAUUUUACACCGUGAUAUAGGCACAGGCAGGCUAAAGGGCUCGUUAUAGUUGUGUGUAGGUCCUAUGGCGUAGCCGUGACGGCGUAGGUUUCGCGUCGGUUUUCAUUUAUUCUUUUGCGUUGUCGUCCGCGUCGACGUGCAAACACAUGCGCAGACCGGUGGCAGGCAGUAACCAGGCGUGUAACCACAGUAGCGCGACCGUCAAAGAAGAAGAAGCUUGGCAAGUAACCCACAAACGAAGAAAAGCAAUGAUGGAAGUAAAUAAACAGCGACUUUUGUUGCAGUUUGAGUAAAAUCACUCAUCUUUGUUUUCAUCGUCGCAAACGUAAAUACCUAUGACGCAGUUUUUUUACCUGACGGGAGGGGUUCUGGUGAACCAAUCACAGCGCUUGCGGUCCGCGUAGAACUGACGCGCUGUUAAGAUUUUUGCGAGGUGCACGUCAGGCUAUGCACAGCUACGCACAAGCUACGGAUAGCCUACACCGUAGCUACGGCGUGGAGCUUACGCACUACUAUAAAUCGGGCUUAACACAGUGCUUAACAUAACCAUGAAUGCCACUUUUGUAUUUCUACAAACCUUUAUUGUAGGUUUUACCUAAAAUCUCUACCCAGCUCAAUGUGUAAUCACACAAAACAUCUCUGUAUGUGGCUAUGUAUGUAUGUACUGUAUGUAUGUAUGUAUAUACAUGUAUGUGUGUGUGUGUGUGUGUGUGUGUGGAGCAAGGAGUUGGUUUUAUCUCUUGUUCUAGCAUCUCUUAACGUGAUAUCGCAUGUAUUUUACAUAUUCAGUUUUUAUUGCUCUAUUUUAUAAAGUUUGCCAGUAAUUCUGGAGCUGACAUUUUGUCUAAGUUGCAAUCUCAGUUUUCUAGUACAGAUUUUUUUUACAGCAUUUCUGGAUAUAUACUUAAUACUAGUAUUUAUUGUGUGGUGUUGUAUGGCAAAUUUAAAAUGUUGUAUUGGCUGUGUUAAAUGUUUUCAAAGUAAUCCAAUGAAUGCAUUUAAAAUAUUUAAUAUAUCUAGAAAUAAAUAGUAUGUCCCAGUCUGUAUGGACAAGUGGUGCAGUGCCCUACCAAAACAUGAAUCCACUUGAAAAUAUGAAGAGUUUGGUUCCAAAACGCAAUAAAUGCCUUUUUUAAAUGAAUUACUGCCAAAAUCAGUAUUGUAUCAGGUCAGUAUUUAAAAGUGAAUUCUUAAUUUUUAUAAUAAAGCUUUGAAAAUCAAAUUAUGGGUUUGAAAUGUUAAUGUUAUUAUUACCUAAAGAUGCUAUGUGAAAGUUUGUAACAGAAAAUAGUGUUUUUUACAGAAAUUAGUCAAAAUGGAUUUAUUGCAUUUUGGAACCAAAUUCUUCAUAUAGAACGGUUUAUAAACUUAAUUAAAUCUAAACUGUUAACUCAUAUUUAACAAAAGUGAUAUGUUUGGAAAUUGAGCGCAUGGCUUGGAUGGCUACCAUAUGCAAUGAUUGAAAUGAGGGGGCAGAGGCGCCACGCAUUUUUCGCAUGCAAAUUUGUGGUAAAAAAUAGUAAUGCAGCGAGCCCUAAUAGAGAGCCAUAUGGGCAGAUUUGAAUCUGCCCUUUAGUUUUUAUGUUAUGAAAACGUAGUUCCAGACAAUGCUAUAUCAUUCCGUGUAAAGUGCAUAUCAGUCUGCGUGACAAGUACAACUGAUUCUUCAGGUUGUGAGCAUCGUGAGUGGUAACUUACAAAUUAACCCGAUAGGGUAGAAUUGUAUUAAAGAAAUUUGUUUGAAAGAUUGUCAGUGGACAUCAAACAGCGUUGCCCUGUUCAGUGGGGUUGUGGGAUUACAUAAAGCUUUGGCCAUCUAGUUGUACUAAACGGAAUAAAGUGUUUUGUUUUCAAAAAGCAGAAACUUCCAUAGUAGGAAAAAGAAUACUAUGGAAGGGAAUAGGGCUCAUGAACGGUUUGGUAACAUUCCUCAAAAUAUCUUCCAAUGUGUUCAUCAAAACAAAUACAUUUCUACAGGUUUGUAACAACAUGAGAGUGAAUGAUGACCGAAUUUUCAUUUUUGGGUGAGCUAUCUCUUUAAUACAGUAUUUGAUGUCUUUAAAAUACAUGUUUUGGUCCCACACAAUGUUUAAGGUGUGGUAACGGUUAUGGAACAAACAUGUUACAGAACUCUGCUUGCACAACAAUCUCCAUGAUAAUUUAUGUAUUACAUACCCACAUAAUAAUACUUAUUUUUAAGUCAGUAUAUGGUUGACUAAAAUACCAUCAAGAUGAGCCUUUUUGUACAAGAGCUUUUGUUUUCAUCUGUAACCCAUGACAUGCUAUUCUCACAAAGACAGCAGAAGUGCUCUUUUGCCUACAAACAAUUGUAAUACACAAACAAUGACCAGUGACAAAUCAUAAAGCAUUUGAAUAUGAAAACUAGUCUUUUCUUGUCCUCUUUUGAAAUGUAAAUUAAUGCUCAUGCUGCAGGAGGCUUACGCUUAAACAUUUGUAAUAUUUUGUACUCAUUUGUAAUAAUUGCGGAGGUUGUCU